AUGACACCAAAGAGGAAAAAAGGACAAUUCGCAUUGUCAGGGUCGUAUUCUCUGGUAGACCCAGAAUUGGAAGAUGAAAUUUUGGAGGUCUACACUAAUUAUAUGGACAGCCAAAUGGAUUUGAAAGAGGUAGAACAAGAUCUAGCAUUGCGAGAUCUACCACAAAUGUUCAGCAUGCUAAACAUUCCUUCCUGUUUUACAAAGGAUAUAGAGGCUGCCAUCGACUACUAUUAUGACAUUAUGAAAAGCAAAAAGAGCUCGAUGAUUGAUCGCACCAACCGGAAACAGAAUAUUACGAUGUACAUGAUUGAAGCCUACACUAUUACGCCAUCGUCAGUCAAAGUGGUGGACGACGUCUUAGACAUUGUUGAUAUUGAUAAGCUUAUAAACAAUUUGAACAGGUUGCUCAAAUUUCGAAAUAACUACUCCCAUAUAAGAGCCAGCUGGGCCCUCUUUUUUGCUGAUGGUGCGGACUACUACAACGCAAACCAUGAAAAUUAUAAAUUGGACUUGCCUGGUUUAAAAGCAGUAAAGACAAAAUUGGGGUUGGACAAUGAUUUGCUGAAUGGUGGUAUGAUAAGCGACUCGUUCUUGAUUGACAUGUUGGGCUGUAGUCAACACGAUUCAAAAGAUCGACUAUUAAAUUUCGAUUUUGAUCAGAGGGGUGCUUGUGUUACAAUCAAAGAUUUUGCCGAAAUAUUAGGAAGAAUUGGCGAGUAUGAUUAG